AUGGGUGGGGGGAUAAAAAAACAUAGAGUCGUUACUAUGGGUGUUCCAGCGUUUUUUCGAUGGUUGACUCGCAAAUAUCCAUCAGUUAUUGUGGAUGCUGUGGAAGAGAAGCCACGUGAUUUAAAUGGAGUUCGAGUUCCUGUUAAUACUGUUGAUCCAAACCCCAAUUUCCAGGAAUUCGAUAAUUUAUAUCUGGAUAUGAAUGGUAUUAUUCAUCCAUGUACUCAUCCAGAGGAUCGACCCUCUCCCAAAACGGAAGAGGAGAUGUUUACACUAAUUUUCGAAUAUAUAGAUCGGUUGUUUUCAAUCGUUCGUCCUCGCAAACUUCUUUAUAUGGCAAUUGAUGGUGUGGCCCCACGGGCGAAGAUGAACCAGCAACGUAGCCGACGUUUUCGUGCCUCUAAGGAAGCUAUUGAAAAAGUUGAACAAAUUGCUGAAACGAGAUCUCGACUAGAAAGCGAAGGUUAUCCACUACCUCCUGAAAAGAAAAAUGACCAUUUUGAUAGUAAUUGCAUAACACCGGGUACACCUUUCAUGGCACGGCUAGCUGUUGCUCUCCGUUAUUAUGUUCACCAACGAUUGAAUAGCGACCCAGGUUGGGAAAAAAUUGCGGUAAUCUUAUCAGAUGCAAAUGUGCCAGGCGAAGGCGAGCACAAAAUUAUGGAUUUUAUACGGCGACAAAGAGCGUCUCCAUCUCACGAUCCUAAUACUGUACACUGCUUGUGUGGGGCGGAUGCUGAUUUGAUCAUGUUGGGAUUGGCCACUCAUGAACCUAAUUUCAAUAUUAUAAGAGAAGAAUUUGUGCCGAAUCAGCAGAGACCAUGUGACCUUUGUGGACAAUAUGGUCAUGAUUUAAAUGACUGCAAAGGGUUGGCACACGAUGACGAUUCAGAAUGUCAGUCAUCUCCAUUACAAAAAGAAACAAAUUUCAUAUUCGUUCGCCUGCCCGUGCUCCGUGAAUACCUCGAACGUGAGCUGCACAUACAUAAUUCUUCCAUGCCUUUUGAUCUGGAACGAGCUAUCGAUGAUUGGGUGUUCAUGUGCUUUUUUGUUGGUAACGAUUUUCUACCUCAUUUGCCUUCACUAGAAAUUCGAGAGAAUGCUAUUGAUAGACUUGUAAAACUGUACAAAGAUAUGGUUUGCAAAAUGAACGGACACCUCACUGAUUCUGGCAUCGUUGAUAUUGAAAGGGCUCAAAUCAUACUUGAUAAACUGGGUGAAGUAGAAGAUGAAAUAUUCAAGUCGAGACAGUCUCAACUUAUUUUCAUGUUUUUAAACGGAUUUAUUGAGGAAAGAGAACAACAAUUCAAAAGAAAAAAUAAAGAAAGGAAACGACGUGAACGAGCUCUUACGACAUCAUCGUACAUCCCAUCACAAGGUUCUCUUCUCGCACCACAUGCUAAUGGACCGAUGUACUUUAGUGGAUCCACUACCAGAGCAAUGGCGCGCACUGCUCGUUUAGAGGCGCUUAAUUUCGCCGAAACAGUGCACACUCGGACAGUAAAUAAUGUUGCAUUACAUGUUCCUGCUGCUAAUAUAUUAGAAAGCAAUGAUCGCAAAUACGAAUUGAAAGAUGAUUCCAGUUCAGAGGAUGAAGUCUUUGAUGAAGUGAGAUUGUGGGAAGAUGGUUGGAAAGAUCGGUAUUAUCAAAGCAAAUUCCAAGUAGAUAGCAAAGAUAUUGUAUUCAGGCGUAAAGUUGCUCUUGCGUAUGUAGAAGGUCUUUGCUGGGUUUUGCGAUAUUAUUAUCAGGGCUGCGCAAGUUGGGACUGGUAUUAUCCAUUUCAUUACGCUCCAUUCGCGUCGGAUUUUGAUGCAGUUUCUCAGUUCAAGCCUGAUUUCAGUGCGUACACCGAACCUUUUAAGCCACUACAACAGCUCAUGGGUGUGUUUCCAGCCGCAAGCAGGAUGCAUUUGCCAGAAGCUUGGCAGGAACUGAUGAUAUCACCGGUCUCCCCAAUAAUCGAUUUUUAUCCUGAUAAUUUUAUUGUUGAUUUAAAUGGUAAAAAGUCUGCAUGGCAAGGAGUUGCAUUACUACCGUUUGUGGAUGAAAAACGACUUCUAGAAGUCCUAAAACCGAUGGAAGAUAAAUUGGACGCUUUUGAAAAGGAAAGAAAUUCCAGAGGUCCUGAUCGGCUAUUUGUUGGACCUUCACAUCCUUUCUACAAGUUUGCGGAGGAGCUGUAUGAAAACGGGAAAGAAGACUCGAUUGCUUUAGCAAUUGACACUACGUUGACGUUUGGAAUAGCCGGCACUGUCAGUAUAGAUACAAAAGCUGUGACGAAAGGACAAAAUUAUAAAUCGCCUCUUUCAAUUGAAGAAUUUGCGGAUAUAGUUAAAAAUAAAGCUAUUAUGAUGAUUUACAAAGAUCCGCAGUUUGAAAAAGGACAUGUAUUUGCUGCAAAACGUUUGCCGGGGGCUGUUGAUGUGCCACGAACUUUGAAAGACAUGAAUCUGGAUCGCAGAGAACCCUAUCGACCUCAAAUAGGGUUUUCGCGCGAAAUACCACGACGUGGAUUAAGCGAUGCUGGACGAAGAAUGGUUGAACAUAGCAUUGGUCAUGUUCCUAGACCGCUUUUCAAAGUGCACCAAAUAGAUUCGCAUAAUAGACCGUACCAACCACCGUGCUGGGCCCCAGCAGGACCCUACGUGGACGAUCGCAUGUCCAACUAUCCACCAUUUGCAAACCAAUUUCGUGAAAGACGACAAGUGGGUGGAGAAUGGUAUGGAAAUCCAAAACGAUAUCGAAAUUUCAACGAGUACGAAAGAAUGUCACAACCACCGAUGCCUCUCAGACAUCCGCUCCGAUAUGAGCCAUAUCCAGAAUUAGCUUCUUUGCGUGUCAGAAGCCGCGGUCGUGAUCGGCCGCCCCCGCAUUCAGUACAUCGAUGGUAG